GUGAUCACCUUCGACUCUCUCAAGAGUGGCGGAGGGCAGAAACAUGCUCGGGUCGCCAAAAAUCUCAGCUUCUGGCUCCGAUGUGAAGCUCGAGUUAAAAAAGAUGUUGAGGUCAAUGAGCGACUUUCAUGCGAACAUGUGGAUGCGUACAUCCCUCAGCAAAGUAAUUUCUCAGAUUGUGGUGUCUAUGUCAUUCACUUUUUUGAGCGCUUCGCGUCUGAUCCGGAU